AUGCCCCUUCUGAUGGUUCAAGAUAUUGAUCCGAUAUCCGUGCAGGACAUCAUCAUAGGAGAGCUUCCUCCUGUUUGGAAGGAAAGCUCUCAAAACUUCUUUCCAUUAUCUCGACAACAAAAAAUCCUACAUGAACAAAGACUAAUGCAAGACAUCCACUCAAACUGGCAGAAGUUAAUGUUGAUGGCGCCAUCCAUAGGAAUGACUACGGUUAUUCCAUCAGUCGCAGGGUGGAAAAGGGCGCAAUCCAAAGCUUUCGGCAAUACUGGAGACACUCUUUUGUUGAAAAAAACCAAGCUUGAUCGAGGUCUCUCUUGUUCUGGGGCAAAUAUCGUUUCUCCAAUCCUUUGGGAUCCGAAGAGAAAGGAGUACAUUUCUUGCGAUUUUUUUCCCUUGCUGUCCAAUGAGCUUGACGAUCGAAUCACCAUUCGUGGUUGGAAUGAUUGCAUUGUUAAUGACAAGACAGGUAGUCCCUGGUACAAGCCCGACACAGGAAAGGGCUUGGAAGAAUCAAUGAUCGUGACUCUGAGCUUUUCCAAUGCAAUGAAGAAUCCUACGGUGACCCUGGAGACCUUCCGUAACUACCACAUAUUCCUUUAUGGCACAAAGACUUCCCCUCUCACCUGGUCAUUGAAUGACCUAUCUAAGGUUGGCAAUGUCAAUAUUGUCCGAGAGGUCCAAGAUCAUCAAAGGCGAAGCUCCAACCAGACAAAGGACUAUCUUCACGUCAAUCUUUCCUUACGCGAAAUAUAUGAGGAAGGCCUGGAAGAUGAAGGACAUGUUUUAAACUGCACUCUCUCUGCCCUGCAGCACUUCUGA